GCAAGAGAAAAGUUAAGGUUAAGGCAGUUAAAGGAGAGUGUAGCGAAUGAAAGUCAGAUGAGAGUAAUAUUGAAGAAAAUUAUAAUAUCAGAGGUAAAACGACGAUAGUGAGAUUGGAUAAAAAUUGAGGUUGUGUAACUAAUAGUGAAACGAAAGGACAAAACAUUACUCGUCACUUGAAAAAUAAAUUGAUUGACGAAAGAAAUGGAUGCUGAUUUUGAAGAACUUUCGCACGACACGAACAUAAUUGCUAGACUGAAGCAGUUCAAUGAAGCAGCUUUCAAAAUCCAGGAUAUGGUAGAAUCAGUUAGCGAUCCUUCGCUAUUCGAUAAACUUCCCAAUACAGACAAAAUUAAAUAUAACUUGUUGUUAUCUUAUAGUCUUAAUAGUCUGUUUUGGAUGUACUUGAAAGCCGAAGGAAUCGAUCCAUCAAAGCAUCGAAUUAGAUCAGAAAAUGAGAGAUUGAAAAAAGCAAUGAUACGAGCGAAACAAAUCAAUGAUAAAAAUACACUUAUGCCACGUGUCGAUGUAAAUGCUGCUAAAAGAUUUAUGAGGAACAGCUUAUGGGAACCAAAACAAAAGAAACACAAGAACAUGGAGAAGAAAAUUUACGAGUCUGAAGAUCAGUCACCACCUACAUAAAUAUUACAAGUUCUA